GGGGAUUGUGUUGAUACAUAGAAGUUCAGUCUCUCCAUUGUGCUGAUUGAGUAAGGAAUAUCAGAAAAGCGCUGCAGAUAAUAAUAGUGGUUUUUGGUUCCCACGACAAAAGUACAAAAUGGCAAAGCCAGUUUUAUACUAUGCUACGCUAAGUCCACCAUCGCGUGCUGUUUUGUUGACAUCAAAUGCGGUUGGCGUUGAGCUGGAAUUACGCCCCAUUAAUCUAUUGAAGGGCGAACAUCUAACGACCGAAUUUAUUAAAAUAAACCCACAGCAUACUAUUCCCACCCUAAUUGACGAUGGAAAUGUUAUAUACGAUUCACAUGCCAUAUGUGGUUACUUAGUCGACAAGUAUGGAAAGGAAGAUAAGCUGUAUCCAAAGGAUCUAGUGAAACGUGCGCAAGUGAACGCACGUCUACAUUUCGAUUCAGGGCAUUUGUUUGCCCGUUUACGUUUCCUUUACGAACCCAUUCUGUAUUAUGGCUCAACCGAUUGUUCUAUGGAUAAAAUUGCCUAUAUACAAAAGACAUAUGAAAUUUUGGAGGAAAUGUUGAAAGAGCACCCGUACGUGUGUGGUGACGAUUUGACAAUUGCUGAUUUCUGUUGUGUAGCAACGAUAACUUCUGUCGAUGAGGUAGCGCCAAUUGACGAGUUUAAAUUCCCCAAACUACGUGCCUGGCUGAAACGAUUGUCGGAGACUCCUAGCUAUCAAAAAAUUAAUCAAGAUGGUGCUGAUGAAUUAAAGAAGAUAUUUAAGGAAAUUUUAGCAGAUAAUCGCUCAAAGCAAAAGUAAUGCUGUCGUUUAAUAAAGAUAAAUACAUAUAUUUACAACAAAGAGACAUGUCAAUACAUAAAAAACCUUAUAUCAUUAUUUAGAAACUAAUUAGAAAUUAAAUUUACGAAAUAAAGAUUAACCAAAAAUGAUCACUAG